GCCUCCUGUUUAGGUUGGUCAGCCAGCCCCGUUGUUUCUCUUUCAUUUAUAUGCCUCACCCACCCACCUUUAUUUCUCUUCUCUUCCUUAACUUUCCUUCCAACAUUGCCAAAAUGGUUGCUGCGGAAAAGCUGUUUACUUUGUCCCAAGUCUCUCAACACAACACCCCCAAAGAUUGUUGGCUCAUCAUCAAUGGCAAGGUGUAUGAUGUGACCAAGUUCUUGGAAGACCAUCCUGGUGGCGAUGAAGUAUUGUUGUCGGCAACAGGAAAAGAUGCCACUGAUGACUUUGAGGAUGUGGGUCAUAGCUCUAGCGCCAAAGAAUCGAUGGCUGAGUUCUAUGUCGGAGAGAUAGAUGCAUCGACCAUACCAACAAAGAAGACUUAUACACCUCCAAAGCAGCCUCAAUACAAUCAGGACAAGACAUCAGAGUUCAUUGUUAAGCUUCUCCAGUUUCUAGUUCCCAUUGCAAUCUUGGCUUUGGCUGUUGGCAUCCGCAUCUAUACAAAAUAAAAUUAAGUUUCUCAAUUAUGCUUCUGGUACCAGACAAUUGGUGUCUUAUUAUAAGACUGCGUUGUUUUUCUCUCUGUGUUGUAUUGAUGUUGUUUGCAUCUUGGGAUGGUAGUUCAGUGGUCCUGCUAGUAGUUGUGCUUCUGCUGAUUUGUUGCCAAAAAUGGAUAUAAUUUACAACUUA